CUAGUCCGCGGAUGCGCGGGAAUGGAAAUGCAUACUGCCAGGAUAGUCGGUCGUGGUGGCUAUUCGCAACAGCUCUCAUUCGAAAAGAAGAAAAAGAGAGAGAGAGAGAGAGAGAGUAACAAAGGGAGAAGAGAGCGGAGACGAAAGAGGGAGAGAAACAGGCACGAGGCACCGGUGGAGGAGGCAUUAUAUACUCUUGCUGGAUCUUCGUUCAACGUCAGUAUCUUGCCCGAAUUCGUGGCACUGACAUCGCAAACGCUAAACACCGCAAUACUCGCAGCUGCAGCCAAGAACGUGAUUAUCCGAGCCGUGGAAGAUAUAAGAAUUUCGCAGAAAGAGAAAUCCGUUCAUUUAAAUUCGCAUUUUGCAUUCGUGUUCUGCCUGCAUUUUUCGAAAAAGGAGUGAUUGCCAUCAGGGAGGAGAGCCGAUCGCUUCGAGGUUGCCAAGAGACACCUCUUUUUUUUCCUGACUGAUUAAGAUCCAGUCCCGGGGGAUUAUCAUGGCCACUUACGCAACUUACAGGCAUGUCGAGCUUGACAAUGUUGGAUAUGGGAAGAAAAGGGUGUUGAAGCCGCCUGGCGGUGGUAGCAGCGACAUUUUCGGCGCAGAGGAGACGAGUCCGCGCCGUGUCAAGACCCACAAUCAGUCCCAGCUGGGCUCGGCGUUUUUCGGCAACGCCAACGAUAACACGCAUGCCAUCCUGUCACCGCGGUCUAAUAAGCCCGGUAAUGAUUCAUACAAUCGUCUGUUUGGUCCUCCCGAUGCCCCACCCACUCCAAACGCAAAAAAUCACAAGGGCAACAAUAAUUUCUUCAACGGGGGAUCGUCAAUUUCGACGCUAUCGUCGAGCACCAAGAGCAUAAACAGCAACAACUCAUUGCCAAAUAUUGCUAAUGGCUUUGCUAGCAACGGCAAUAAUUCGUUCAACGAUGUCACAGCUUUUAGGAGAAAGAAACGAUUUCGAGGAUUGCCGACGCGCAACCCGGUCACCGGAGAUGGAAUUGAGGUGACGCCUGUGAGGUGCAAUCCACGAAAAUGUAGAGAUGGCAAUCCGGUAACUGGAACUGGCUAUACAUCUGAGACGCAGAAAAACGGACCAGCCAUGCAGAACGGAAUUGCUAGCUCGAAUUCCAGCAGUAGUGGCGAAAAGUCGAAUGAUACGUCGCCAGCGGCAGCAAAGCCGCGUACCCGCAUCCCACCUGGUGGCUAUUCAUCUGGACUCUGGUAAAGGGCAAAGUCAUCAUCAGUCGCUUUCUUUCCUUUCCCGAGAUAUGUUCUGAUUAAUUCUUUCAGCUCUGUUACUCUUAACUCAUUAAAGCCCACUAUCUCUUAUAAGAUCUUCAAAUUGUUGUCCGUAAAACGUCCCGAAAUAGAAGUCUAUUUAUAUAUCGUAUAUCUCUAUCGCAAUGGGUAUACUUUUCUAUAUUUUUUCUAGAAUUCAAAAAAAGAGAGAAUUGUAAGACAGACGAAAUAAAUAGUGGGUUUUAGUAGAUUAAUAUCAUUUUGCUUUGUACUAUUCAAAGAAAUGCAUAGAGAGGAGCAAUAAUAACAUUUAUAGGCCUUUUGAUUUUUGGAUAACUAUUUCCGCCAAUAAUCAUUUUUGAAUUAAUUAAUUCAGACCUAAAUACAUGGUGAUAUUCAGUUACUCCAGUAUUCAAACGAAGAUAUUCAAUAUAACAUGAUAUUCGCAGUUAGGAAGGUCGAGAGGAUUAAUAUAUAUAUAUAUAUAUGAGGACGGACGAAAAUAUUAUAAUAAUAAUAAAAUCAUCAAUUCUCCGAAUAUCUGCAACGCAGAAACGAGCAAAAUUGCAUUCUUUCAACGACGCAAUUCGAUCAACAAUCUUUAUCAUAUUUAAUAUUGGUUUUUUAAAAUCCUAGAUUUCAGUCAUGUGUAACGCGCGAAUUCUAUAUUUUAAAAAAGAUAAAUUAUAAAAUAUUUAACUGGCAAUUAAUAAUAGUUUUUAAGUAUUUAAGUGGAAUUUUUAUAAUCUUUGUUGCCGUAAACGAAAUAACAUGUAGAAAACAUGAGCAUAAACCGGUCCUGGGUUUCUCUCGAGCGUGAAUUACCGGUCCUUCAAUUAGCAACUCUAGUACAAGUUUUAUCGCGUAACUGUAUAGAGGUAGUUAAAGCGAUCAUUGCGCGUAAAGUAUAUUUUUUCAUGACUGAAAUGUUGCGUCGGUCGAUGAACGAUUCGCGAGCUGUAAAUCAUUUUGCUAGAAAGUGCGAUUUCCUCAUUAACAGCUUAUACAUAAUGAGUCAUUAUAAAUAAAUAGAAAAGAAUAAAUUGUUCAUGAUAAGAGAAGUCAAAACAAAAACAUUUAUUUUAAAAUUAAAGCAUAAAGCAAGAAAAUAUUGUGCAAAUUAUUUCAAUUAUUUGCUUUAUGAGGCAUCAAUCAUAUUUAUCAAAGUGCUUAUUUGUUUUAUUUAUAUUUUCUAUUCGACUCGAAAUCUCAUCUUAUCAUAUUGGAAUACGACUGCCGUAUCAGGUAUCGCAGUAUUUUGCUCGUUUCCAAUGUUGCAUAUUGCGUCUCAAUCAUAUAAAAUUUUAGAGAAUCACAUGUCUAAUAUACGAGAAUUCGCUGUCACCUCGAAAUGAAGGGCAAUGAUAUUCACAUAUACAUAUACAGAACAGUACCAAGAUCGUAGAAUUAUAAUAUCGCGAUUAUCACAAUAUAGUACGGCAUUGAUUAGGAGUGAGGAAAGGAAAAGAUCGUUGUACCAUUCAAAAUUUCUUUUGCCAAAUAUCGAGAAAAGAUAUAUUGAAAUGUGUCUACAUGUAAAAAUAAUUAGCAAGAUAAUGAACAUUUUGAAUGGAGUAUUAUAUUGAUUAGUGGCAAUGUUACAAAAAAUAAAUUCCGUAAAUAAAUCAGAGGAAUGGAUAAAAAACAGCAAUGUUUUAUGAUGGAAUUAGGAUUGUGGAAACGUCGGAGUUAUACAUUAGAAGUAGGCAUGUGUUAUUUCCAAAAAUAAAGCUAUACUAUGUAUAACCCAUUAAAUAAAUCAAGUGCUUUUUUAUCUUCGUGCCUUCUUAAUCAACUAUUUAUUAACAUCGAAAAGAACGCGGUCAACGACGAGAUAUCACCUCAUUUUUUUCUCGCGAAUUAUCCUCGCGAUUUUUGAUACCGAUUCUGUUUAAUAAUAUAAAUAUACUUUUAACUGUGUCACACAAUCAGAAAUUUCUCGAAAAUCAAAAAGGGAAUAUCGUCAUCGUAUAAUUUAUAUGAAGCGCGCGCGUCUAGAGACGAUACUUUGUUUCCCACUCUUACAUCAUGUAUUUUAUAAUAAUAUUUUAUAAUAUAUUUUCGUCAUCACUUCGCUUUUUUUACGAGUGUAGCGGAUGUAGUACAUGAAUUGAAUGUAUUUAUUUUACAGCAAAGAGUCGUGCACGUUUAGUUCUUUUUUCUAUGCAAAUUUUUACGCAGUGGUUUGAUGUGAGUAAAAUUAAAUUAUAACACACACAAUAUAUAUAUUUGUCAUAAAAGUAGCCUUUUUAUACUCUGACAAUGAUGAAUAAAAUUUUAUAAG